AUGGAUGAUGAUGAUGUGAGAUACUCUGGGGCAGGCUCUGGUUCCCUGCCCUCACCAAGUCCCAUUCAGUCCCAGUUCGACACCCUCUUUGCCGAGUUCGCUCGCUCUCGUCCCCGAGUCUCACCUCCACGAUCGCCCUCGUCACUGUCUCACGAACCGCUGUCGAGGGAGCUCGAGAAGAAGACUAUAGACCUCCGAGCACUCGACUAUGCGUCGGAAUACGACCCCAAUUUGAUGUGUCCCAUCUGCCACGUCCCUUUCAUCGAGCCCGUUGUCCUCGAAUGCGAUCACACAUUCUGCGAAUCAUGCCUGAAAGAAUAUAGAGAGGGAGGCUCUAGCGGUUCACGCAACCAGUGUCCUUCGUGUCGCUCCUUUCUCCUGUCGACCGCCCACAAGGCUUCCCGUCUCAUAGUCAACAUGUGCAAUGAUAUCAGAGUCAAGUGUCCCAACGAGGAUUGUGAGGAGGUUUUCGCGCGAGGCUACGUCGAACGACACGCAACGAAAGAGUGUCCGCACGAGCGGCUUCAGUGUCCAGAUCCAGCUUGUGGGAAACUGGUCAAACGAAGGAACUAUGUGCCGGAGCAGUGCAUUCACUCUUCACACAUUGAAUGUGACUGCGGCGCCGUCAUCGAGCUGGGCAAAGGCGAUUGGUUGAGACACAAGGAUGAAGACUGUCCAAAUACUGGCGUCAAGUGUAAAGUAUGUGGUCAGAGGAUUUCAGCCAGGGAUUAUUUGAACGGGAUUACCGGCCACAUCUGCGGCGCCGAGGAAGGCCAGCGCUGUCCCGGCCGAGGAUACGGCUGCACGGAAGAUUUCCACCCUGAUGAUCGGGAGAAUCAUGUCAAAACGUGCCCGCUGGCUCACAUAGCACCGUACCUCCAGAAGCAAUCUCAGCUGCUCAAAUCUCUCCAGGAACAACUUGCCAUGGUCAAGGUUCGCAACGAAGUGCUCGAGGCAGGCUUUGACAAAAUCAACGAUAUUGUCAAUGACCGUGUCCUCCCUCACAUUGGUCAUUCCGACCAUUCUCAGGCUGGUGAUGCUUCCGACAUCGAGGAGAUUGAGCGAGACCACAUUCCAUCGGCCAUAUCGCACCGUGAUCUCCUCAUGCCGGCACAUCUUCGCGCCUUGACACCUUCUCCAGACCCGGAGGCUUCCUCCAUUUCUCAAACGCAACAGCAUCUCCUGGCUUUGCACGAAUCUCUGCGUGGCACCGUGUCGAGUCUCGAGCAUGAGAUUUCGGCAAUUACCAAUGCACUGACAGAUCUUGACGCUCGAGCUUCAAUGCAGAUCAUGAACGAAACGUUACGGAUAAAAGAGGAGCUGGCUCAUACCAACGCCGCCUUGUUCAGCACCAGAUCACAGGUCCAGUGGCUUCUGAACCGCGAACGAGUCGGCCAGCAGCAACAGGCGGGGCUAGUGCGAGGCCGAGCACCGUCAGCCCAGCCCCCUGGCCCAAACAUGGCGCCUUCGGCGAGGAGUUCGGUAUCUGAAGACACCGAAGGGUCAGGCCAGGGAUCGAGCUCGGAAGGUCAACCUUCAGGCAGCGCGAAUGUGGCAUCGAGUCCCAGUUUCCGACCACAGAUGCGAAGGCUCAGUGGCAGUCAAGAAAGAGUCAAAUUGUGA